UCUCUCACUCUCCCUUCUGAGCCGUCCUAACCAGGACGAGGCUCAGCCAGGAGAAGGGGUAGGAGGCGCUUGCAUUCACUUGGGCUCCAGCAAAACCUGCCCAAUGCAGCAGACGUUGCUGCUAUCCGCCGGCGGACUACGCUACAGCACAAUGCAGCACUGAGACGGCCGUAGAGGCUGCAGCCGCAGCCAGCCCUAGGAGGUGCCGCAGCAGCCCUGGGCUCGGCCGUCUUCGGCAGGCAGGCAGGCAGUGCCCGGUGCUUCGGGCUUGGGCGGAAGGCAGGAGAAGGCGAGGAAAGAGAGAGCGCCCGCUUGCCAGCCGCGGAGAGGAGAGGGCAGAAGAGGAGGGAGGAAAGAGGAGAGGGAGCUCCCGUCCGGGGCUGGAUGCCCGCGUCUCCACCAUGAGCAUCUCUCCCUGAGCAUCAUCCCUGGCCGGGGCAGACUGAAGGGCAAAGGAGAGCCAUGCGGGCUGCGGAGGCUGUGGCUCUGCUCCCCUGGCUGCUGCUGGGCAUCUCGGGCAUCUUCCCGCUGGCUCUGUGCAGGCUGCCAGGAGACGCCUUGUUGACGGAGCUGGAGAGAAGAAACGAAAACCGUUUUCUGGAGCAAGAGAACAUCGUGCCCCUCCGACUCAUCUACCGCUCGGGAGGCGAGGACCAAACUCGCCAUGACGUGCUCACCACUCGGAUCCGGGGCGCCCCGGCUGUCGGCGGCCCCGGCGGCGGGCAGAAUACUCAUGUUGACCAGGCGAGCUUCCAAGUUGAUGCUUUUGGAUCAACUUUCAUCCUCGAUGUUGUACUUAACCAUGAUUUGCUGUCAUCUGAAUACCUGGAGAGACACAUUGACCAUGGAGGAAAUAUUGUGGAAGUUAAAGGAGGAGAACAUUGUUACUACCAUGGUCACAUUAGAGGAUAUCCUGAUUCAUUUGUUGCCCUUUCAACAUGCCAUGGACUCCAUGGAAUGUUUUAUGAUGGGAACCAUACAUAUCUUAUUGAACCAGAAGAAAAUGACACUUCUCAGGAGGACUUCCAUUUCCAUUCGGUUUACAAAUCCAAACUGUUUGAAUUUCCCUUGGAUGACCUGCCAUCUGAAUUUCAACAAAUGAACAUCACUUCUCCAAAGUUUGUUGUGAAACCAAGGCUAAAAAGGAGUAAAAGGCAGCUUCGUCGGCAUCCACGCAAUGUAGAAGAGGAAACAAAAUAUGUUGAACUGAUGAUAGUGAAUGAUCACCUAAUGUUUAAAAAGCAUCGGCUUUCGGUGAUGCAUACAAAUACCUACGCUAAAUCCGUGGUGAACAUGGCAGAUUUAAUCUAUAAGGAACAACUUAAGACAAGGAUAGUGUUGGUUGCCAUGGAAACCUGGGCAGCUGACAACAAGUUCACCAUUUCUGAAAAACCGCUGACGACCCUCCGUGAGUUCAUGAAAUAUCGGAAGGAUUUUAUCAAAGAGAAAAGCGAUGCUGUCCACCUUUUCUCGGGAAGUCGAUUUGAGAGUAGCCGAAGUGGGGCAGCUUAUAUUGGUGGGAUUUGCUCGUUGCUGAAAGGAGGAGGAGUGAAUGAAUUUGGGAAAACGGAUUUAAUGGCAGUCACUCUUGCCCAAUCAUUAGCACAUAAUCUUGGUAUUUUCUCAGAUAAAAGAAAAUUAGUAAGCGGUGAGUGUAAGUGUGAAGACACAUGGUCUGGAUGUAUAAUGGGAGACACAGGCUAUUACCUCCCUAAAAAGUUCUCCCAGUGCAAUGUUGAUGAAUAUCAUGACUUCUUAAAGAAUGGAGGCGGUGCUUGUCUCUUCAAUAAACCAUCAAAGUUACUAGAUCCUCCAGAAUGUGGCAAUGGCUUCAUCGAGACUGGAGAAGAGUGUGACUGUGGCACCCUUGCAGAGUGUGCCCGGGAAGGAGCAGAUUGCUGUAAGAAGUGCACCUUGACAGAAGACUCCCAAUGCAGUGAUGGUCUUUGCUGUAAAAAGUGCAAGUUUCAACCUAUGGGAACUUUAUGUCGAGAAGCAGUGAAUGACUGUGAUAUUGAGGAAACAUGUACAGGAAACUCCAGCCAGUGUGCCCCAAAUAUCCAUAAAAUGGAUGGCUACUCAUGUGAUCAUUAUCAGGGCAUUUGCUUUGGAGGAAGAUGUAAAACCAGGGACAGACAGUGCAAAUACAUCUGGGGGCAAAAAGUGACUGCUUCUGAUAAAUAUUGCUAUGAAAAACUGAAUAUUGAAGGGACCGAGAAAGGCAACUGUGGGAGAGACAAAGACACUUGGAUUCAGUGCAACAAACAGGAUGUACUUUGUGGUUACCUCCUAUGUACCAACAUUGGUAACAUUCCAAGGCUUGGCGAGCUAGAUGGGGAAAUCACAUCCUCUUUAGUGGUACAGCAGGGAAGGACAUUAAAUUGCAGUGGUGGCCAUGUUAAGCUUGAAGAAGAGAUAGAUCUUGGCUAUGUUGAAGAUGGGACGCCAUGUGGCCCUGAAAUGAUGUGCCUAGAACGUAGGUGUCUCCCCACUGCCUCUUUCAACUUCAGUACCUGCUUGAGUAAAAAAGAAAAUGCUAUUUGUUCAGGACAUGGGGUUUGCAGUAAUGAAAUAAAAUGUGUCUGUAAUAAGCACUGGAUAGGUGCGGACUGUAAUACUUAUUUACCGUACAAUGAUGGCUCAAAAUCAGAUUUAUCUUUAUCUGGCAAUGGUGUUGCCGGCACAAAUAUCAUAAUAGGAAUAAUUACUGGUACCAUUUUGGUGCUAGCUCUCAUAUUAGGAAUAGCUGCAUGGGGUUACAAAAAUUAUCGAGAACAGAGACAAUUACCCCAGGGAGAUUAUGUAAAAAAGCCUGGAGAUGCCGAUUCUUUUUAUAGCGACAUGCCUCCGGGAGUCAGCACAAACUCAGCAUCUAGUUCUAAGAAGAGGUCUGCUUUUCUGUCGCAUUUUCAGAUUUCUACCUGUUCCAUCCCACAUUAUUCCAUUAGUCAGAACAUUUCAUUAUUUUGCAGCAGGUCAAAUGGACUCUCCCAUUCCUGGAGCGAAAGGAUUCCAGAUACAAAACAUAUUUCGGACAUCUGUGAAAAUGGAAGACCUCGAAGUAACUCAUGGCAGGGUAAUCUAGGAGGCAACAGAAAGAAAGUCAGAGGCAAAAGAUUUAGACCACGAUCUAAUUCGACUGAGAGGGAGCCCCAAGCAUCCGAGCCUGGGCACUCCCUCGACCAGCCAAUCCCAACCCAAGGCAUAAGCCCAGGGGUUUCCGACCCCCCCUUGACAGGGAGUCAGGACCACAGGUAUUUAAACCCAUGGUUCAAAAGAGAAUAUAAUGUAGCUAAGUGGGUAGAAGAUGUGAAUAAAAACUCUGAAGGACCAUACUUUAGGACUUUGUCUCCUGCCAAAUCUCCUUCUUCCUCUACUGGAUCUAUUGCCUCCAGCAGGAAAUAUCCAUAUCCAAUGCCUCCACUUCCGGAUGAGGAGAAGAAGGCGAACCGACAAAGUGCCAGGCUAUGGGAGACCUCCAUUUAAGAUCAACUGUUUACAUGUGACACAUUGGAACUGUUUACUUCAACUUUUAUAGAAAUUCAGCCUCACCGAGUUGAUGCAAAUGUAUCUGCUCCUCAGACGAUAUGAAAAACCCACAGAAAAGCCAAGGAGGAGACAGAGCUGGAUCUCAUCCCUGGAUCAUUUUUUUUCCACUGCUGGCUUAGAAUUUUACUCCACCCAUGUAAAGAACCCUGGGAAUCAUAUAACUUAACACAGAAUAACAAAUAGUCCGAGUAGGGCCAAGGAUAAUCCGCAUGACAGAUAGAUAGACAAAUAGGACUAAGGGUAAUUCACAGGUCCUCUAUAGGGCAAGUUUCCCAGAAGGGAAAUGCAGUCCAAAUGAGGUCAGUUGGGGUCCAGAACUGGGUACUUGAAGCACAUCCUCGCCAUAGACCAUAAUGCUAUGUGCAUGAGCCUUUUUUCAUUUGUUCUCCACAUUUAAGGAAACAACAUACCAUAGUAGAAACUAGCAUGCAGGGCUAAGACAUAACAGGACUCUUUCUGCAGGAUUGUAAGCUAUGAGAGGCUAAUAGCCUACAUACACUUUAAAAUGUACAUCCUUUUUUACUUUUUAUGUUUAUAUUCUCAGUCUAGAAGUACAACUGUACAUAAGUAAACAUUUUUAAAUGUCAAAAACAGCUGUUACACGCAAGUGUAUUUUGCCAAAUGCCUAAACAGUCGCUCAUGACUAAUAACAUCACUACAGAUCCAAUGGUCUUCUAAGAUGAUGAGCAGGUUAAAUUGUAAAUAUAGCAAUCGGGGAUGUAAGUGUGUCUCUCCAGCACUAGUGUCUGAUCAGACCAUCUGAUGUCCCCUUAAAUUGUGGGCGUCCCGGAGGCUUGGAGUAAGUGAUCGAGUCAGCAAAAGGCCAAUCGGGGCUUCCUGCCUCCAACAUCGUGCUAACAUGGCACAUGACAGCUGGUACCCUGCAGUUAGGUACUGUGUUACUCCCUGACCUAAAGGUUAUCCGGUCGUCCGCCUUUUUCUUCCAGCAACAUCUACAAUCCUAACUCUAGCAGCUACAGUUUUCCAUGUAUUUGUGACUGGCCCACAUAUUGCUGGACAUGAAGACAAUUUGGAGCCAGGUAACAGGAAGUCACCUGGGGAAAAACAAAAGAAACCUACCAGACACGCUUAGGCAAUUGGAGAAUACUGGAGGUUUUCAUCCUAGUAGGCUGAUUAAAUGAAACCUGAAGAGGCCAUACACAAUGUGUGUAGUAUUUGCAAGCUCAUAAAAACAGCUGAUGGGAGAAAGCUAAUAUUUUGAACCCUGAAUUUUAUUUUUUGAUUCACAGAAAAAUAGGAAUUCUAAUUUAAAAGACUCCUUCCUUCAAUUCAAACAAGUGGAAGACUGGAAGUUGGUGAUGAUCCCACUGGGUCUUUCUAAAUGGAUGAUUUGUUCUAACGAACUAGACAAGUGGUAGAACCAAGAGACACUUGGCAAUAUGUACUAAUAUAUACUAUUUCUUUCUCAGUCUCCUCAUUUCUUGACCCUUUUCCUUGAAAUGAAUGGUCAGCAACGGGCAAAAUUUCAAAGAUGGCUUCUUAAUUCGCUUCUUGUUCAGUCCUUUCAGUUAUGUCCGACUCUUCAUGACCCCAUUUAAAGUCUUCUUGGCAAAGACAGUGGAGUGAUUUGCCAUUUCCUUCUCUGGUUUAUUUUACUACUGUACUGAGGAAAUGAGGCAAAUUGGGUUAAGUGACUCACCCAAAGUCACACAGCUAGGAAUUGUCUGAAGCUAGAUCUGAACUCAGGAAGGUGAGUUUUCCUGACUCCAGGCCUGGCACUCUAUCCAUGGUACCAUCUAGCUGCCCCUCUUAAUUUGCUCCCCCUUCUUAAUUUUCAUUAAGUGCUUACAGGGAAACAACGUGAGCAUCCAGAGUGGAGAGGGCCAAGUACUCAAGCAGCCUUCUGUGUUGUCUUUAUGUUCAUGUAUUUCCUUUGACGAUUAUAUAUCUUUGAAUGUUUUUAAAAAAAUAAUCCAAUCCACUUUCAAAUACAAAACACAUGGAGCAUUUUAAAGGGCAGGACAUGAUAUGACUUGAAGAUUGAUCUUAUAUCAAAAAUGCAAAACCUUCUUGCCAAAAUCUGGGUAUUUGCCAACGUGACCAGAGUUGAUGGCAAGGAGGGCCAAGAGAUUUUGGAGACUGUGUGAAUAAAAGUGGCUUUUGAACAAGACCUCUCCCUUUAAUGUGGAUUGAAUGUUCUCCAGCAUUGAGUAUAUGAUGGGUACUGUGUAGCUUACAUGGGACAGAUGAAUGAAUUUAAUAACUUAAAUUUAGUGUACCUCAUAGAAAUCUGUUGUCCAGUCGGAAUGCUCCAUCUUCACAAGGAGUGCACCCACUUGUAACUACAGGUCACAGGCUGAUCUAUCUUUCUUUUAUUCCCUUCUUUCCUGUUAUUUUCAAUGGAAAUGAUAAAUAUGUGCCUUUCAGGGGAUACCGUUUGGAGGAAAUGGACAGAGUCGGUUCAUGAGUACUGUUUGUCGCUCCCAAGAUCUCUAGGUCACUUUCUUUGGUAAUCUUCAGCUAAAAGUUAUGGGAAAAGUACUUUAUGUUUAUUAUAAUGGUAACAUUGCUAGAAGUUGAAAGACUAUUGUCAAUGUUAUAUCAUGGUUUUCCAGUCUAUGCCGUUUCAUUAAGUUCUUUUACACAGAUUAUUGAUACUUGGAGAUACAAUUCUUUUGGAACUUGAGAUAUGUCAGAUCUAAACUCAUAGGACUUUUGAUGAAGUCAUACAAAGGAUGGGUCCAUUACAUUAAACACAAGCACAAAUAACUUUUAUAGACUGGUUUUAGAGGGAUUAUCGGGUCAUAGAAGUUGAAGACUCUCCUUUACAGAUGAGGAGAGUGGUUGCUGAGGUUAAGUGCCAAGGUCACAUGGGAAAUAAGUGGGUUUGAUCUAGCUCCAAAUCCAAUAUCCUUGCCAUCCCUGUUUCCAAAGAGGGAAACAAAGGAUUCACCUAAAUCAUCUUCUAAGAAACUAAUCCACUACAGAAGGCCAUUGUAAUAUGGUUGUAUUAAGCACAGAAUAACAGUACUGGGCCCUUUACAACACUUCCUUUGAAUCCCAGCUUUUUGUCCUUCAAGCUUUGAGCUAAGACAAAAUGUUAGACAAUUUCUUCUUGUAAAAAGCAACUGAAUGACUUAAAAACAAUGCCUUGGUUUAAAGGAAUUGUUCAAAGUCCCUUGAUAAUUAUAUUUUCUUCUUUUUUUUUUUUUUUGCUGAGGCAAUUGGGGUUAAAUGACUUACCCCGGGUCACACAGCUAGGAAGUGUUAAGUGUCUGGGGCCAUAUUUGAACUCAGGUCCUCCUUACUUUAGGGCUUGUACUCUAUCCACUGCAACACCUAGUUGCCCUGAUAAUUUUGUUUUCAACCAAUCUCUCAUUACCCCCUCAUCAUUAAGAUAGGUGACUAGGGAGGCCCCUGUAAAGGGAAGGUUCAUUUUAGUCCCUUGAAAGCUCUCAAGGAAAUUGGUCAAGUGGCCUGAAUUCUGACAAAGCCAUAUUUCUUGUGGGCAGGAAGCACAAACUGCCAUGGAAUUCUGUAAUGUUAGUAAAUGGUCUCCACAAGGGCGAAUAGUACACAAAGAGAAAGGCAACAUCCCUACAUGAAAAGUGGCCACUGGAAAUUAAUCAGUCAGUCCAUGGACACUGAAGCACUGUGAAGGAAAAUAUUUCCUAGACUCUUUUGUUAUGGCCGUAUUUUGUAGAAGUUCCAAAUCAUCCCUAAGGAAGGAAGAGAUAAUUUUACUAUGUGGGUUUUGUUUAAGUUGUUUAAUGAAUCCAAAAGUCUUGGUAGAAUCAAGCUAUAAAAACAGUCUCUAAUCCCGAACCAUUGCUUUGGCCAAGUGCAUUGAGAUAAGUGUUUUUCUAAAAGGUUGACUUAGCAAAGUUUCAAUAUUUAGCCAAAUUUCUUGCAGUUGAUAAGAGCCUUCCUCAAUUUAAAAUUAAAUUUUUUUUAUUAAAAAAAUCAAAUAAAAUAUUCGCGGUCAUAUAGUGGGUUAGUGAGAAAGUUGGAACGGACCCUAAUCCAUUUUUCCAGAUAUCUUCUGUUUAGCUAACUUCAUAUUAUACUUUUGACUAUUUCUUCCCUCUCUUUUUGGUAUUAUGUAAAUGCGUUAAACUUUCAGGCCCUUAAUUCAUUCUCCUAAUGCCAUUGCUUAUUUUUGCUUAAGUCUCACAUACAAAACUAUUAAAAUUUAUUCAAACAUUUUUACUCUAUCAACUAUUAAGCAUCAUGGUUCAGAGAAGUCUUUACCUUGAAGAUAUCAGCGUUUUAGUAAUUCUCUCUCUAAAGCAGUACCUGCUUUUAGUAGCACUUUAUAUAUCUACAUUUAAAUGUUUGUUUUAUGUAAAUAUACACCUAUAAAUACAUAAAACAAUGUUUAUCUUUUAAUUCCCUCUCAGUAUCUAAUAUACUUUCUCUAGAUAUUUACAAGGCUACCCAGAUUAUUUUUCUAGAUGUAUGGAUUGGAUUUGAAAGAGAAACUCUUUUGCCUAAAACACUCCCUUAACAAGUAUUCUCCAAACUUAAGCCAAAGUGUUUGGUUUAAGGGUGUAUUCAUCAGAGAACUUUUUAAGGGGGACAGACAUUUAUCAGAGAUCUUUUCUAAAAAGAACAAGCCUUUAUGAUUAUGGAGAUUAUGAAUGAGAAGAGUAUUCUUUCAGCUUGAUGAAGGCAAAAGGUUGUUUAAAUGUUCCCACCUAUAAUUUUCAUGGAAGAGGAAGGUGUCUAAUGGCUCUGGCAGAAACUGACAGCAAUACACAUGGCCUCUGGCUGUUUAAACAUGCAUAUGGUUAAGAUGCCCUCACUGGGAAAUAUUUGCAGGUGCUCACUGUCAAGUAUGUUAAGCACAGAUAAGUUCCCCCAAAUCCACCCAUGCAUGGAGAAAAUGAACCCCUUCCCACAACAUUUCAAGACAAUUCCCCAUUUGUUGAUUGUUUCAAAUGUAUCCCAAAAUAUAGACCCUACAUAUUUUAUUCUGUAAACUAAACUAAGAAACUAUAUUUGUAUGGCAGGAUUUGUUCUUCAAAACAAAACUGGACAUGUGCAUUGUCUAUAUGUGGCCACCUAUCUGGCCUAAAUGAGAUACUGCAAAGUUCUCUAACUUCCUCAAAAGCUUGAUUUUUUUCACCCACCUCUAUCACUUCCAAUUUCUAUCAUUACAAUCACUUCUGAAGGCUAGAAAACAAAUUAAAGCACACACAAAUAGUUGGGAAUUAGGGAUGGAAAGCCCCAGAGUGGAGGGGGGCACUCUUGCACUUCUCUCCAGUUUCCAUAUCAAAAAGGGGUUAGUUGAUCAGGGGUGGAGAAUUGUUACCUAGGAAGGCAGAAAAAUCUAGGUUCAGCCUCAAUGAGAAAAAAUACAACAGCAUGAGCAGAUAGGGUGCAACUGGGCCCUCUGGGCAGCUCAGGGAGAAGCCCCUUUAAUUCACUUGCUCCACAGCUUCCCUCAGUCUGCACAUGUGUAUCUUUAUCAGGAAUAGUUGUUUGACACUUCCUCAGCUUUGCUAAGGAGCCCCGAGUCCUUAAGAGUCACUAGGGCUCUUUGAGGCUUGUUUAUCUUUAAAAUUGGGGGCGGGGUGGACUAGAUCCCAGGUUCUUAACUUGGGGUACAACACUAAUCAUAUAAUCCCAAAGGCUCCAUGGAAAAACUUCAGGGUUUCUUUGAACUUGGAAGGGGAAAUUUUUGUCUUUACUUUUACUAACUUCUAACUGAAAUCGACCAUUUCUUUUGAUUAUGAAUUUAAGCCACAAAGAAUUGUUCUGAAAAGGGAAUCAUGGGAGAUGGAGUGGCUGGGGAGGCCAAAGGGUUUCAUGAUAAAAAAAAAGUUCCAAAUCCCUGAACUAACUAAUCUCUGAAGCUUCCUCUAAGAUCUAAGAGUUUAUGAAUCCAAAUAUAUAAUCAAAGGAGUUGGUACUCUGAUUUGGUCCAUUGGGUUUCCUAAAAGUCCAAAUAGUAAUGCACAGAAAAGUAGUAGAGUCUAGAUAUAAAACAGAACAUAAAGGUAUACAAUGAAGUACCAGAGGGAAAAAUUGGUUAGAUCCAGAUUUGAAGGAUGAAUGAGUUUGUGAAGAAAGUACUAUUCUCUACCUUGUCCUCCCUCCCCAUGCCCAUCUGUAUUUUUAGACCUAAGUGUCUUCUUACUUUUACCCUGAGGGCCACAGUUGGUGAUUAAUGGUCAAGAUAGAGAAAUUCUUGCAAAUAGCCCAGAUCUUUUAACUAUAGAGGUGCUAGUGAUAAUACCAUAUGAUACAACACAGCCAAGUGCUAAUAUGAAUUAACAUAUUUAUUCAAUUAUAGUACAAGAAUUCCUGCUAAAUUAUAUCUGUGUAUCACUGCCUGGUUAUGAAACCUGAGUUUUCUAGUCCAGUACAUAUUCAAAUUGUGGGACUGAACAUAAUCAGUCUUUUUAUGGGUAAAAAUCACACACACACACGCAUAUACACAAACACACACACAUAAUGUUUUGUAUAGGAGUCUUUUUUUCUUUUUACAAUAACUGUAUAAGUGCAAAAUAGUUUCUUCAAAAGAACUAAUAAUGUACUUUUUUGUAACUGGCUGGAAAAUGGACUCUUUCCCCAAACUGGUCUCCCCAACAGAUAGAUUCUUUCAGAAACUGAUUAUAUAAUAUUGACAUAGAUACUGAUUUGUGCUAGAGCUUUCAAAUAUUACUUUCAAUAAUUGACAUACAAAUAAUUUGGAGCCACCCCAUGGUGAUAUGUUAUUAGUGGCAUGAAAAAAAAAAAUCUAUACAGAUUUCACCGUGUUGGGGAAGGGGUGAUUAUUUGUAUAAAGUUAGAUACCCAUUACUUAAGGUAUUACAUUUUGCUUGGCUGAUUGACACUUCCCAAGUUCUUGCUACUUAAAAGAUACCAGGUUCUAUCCAGAUUAGUAUGAAAUGUAUCACUGCAGCUGCUUUCCUGAAUGCUUUUGUUAUAUAGGCUGUUCUGGUUAUAAUUCUUCCUACAUUAAUAGCUAAAUGCAAAAUUUUGCUGUUUUUAAGUCACUGUAAUUUGAGGUUCUGAAUCCUUCCACAAUUUUAUUAGUGUCCACGGAGUCUAAUAAAAAAAAAUCCAUGAUUUUCUAUGUUACUAUUAUUGUAACAUUAAUAAAGUGACUUUCAAUGAA